AUGGAUAGAAAUACGAAAAUAGAUCAUCAUAAAUUUAACUCUGAACUCAAUCGUCCUACUACGGCACCACCUCAUCAACCAACGACAGUUAUUAAAUAUAUGACCCCACGCACUAUAGGACUCAAUCUUACAAAUAGUUUUCAAGGAUCACUACGUAAUUUUACUCUUCCAAAUAUUGACUCAAGUUUAGUGGCACCAACACUAACAACAAAUUAUGGUCUUGUUUCAUUCGUUCAAGCUCCACUAUCAACAGCUGUAGCACCAAUACAAAAUAUCGAUGGAGAACAUAUUAGACAUGAACAUCGUGAAUUAUCCAAAUUACAUGAAACAUUAACAGAUAAUAUAUUACUUUGUUGUCAUUAUGAGGUACAUAAUCGUGCACAAGAAUUACAACUUGAAUUAUUUCAGACAAAUGCAAAUAAAAAUUCUUCAAUUAUUGAAAAAAUGUUUCAAUCAGAAAUUGAAACAGGUCAUCAAUUAAUAACUGAUGCAUCACGUUAUAAAUCUGAAUUAAACAAAAAAUUAACUGAUAUUCAUCAAGUAACAGUUGCUAAUGAUGAACAUUAUCAACAAUUAUUAUCAAAACGUAAUACAACAAAUAAAGAAAUAUUUGAAUAUCAACGUAAAUUAGCACAAAAUCGAGCUGAAUCAGAAUUUCUUCGUUCUCGUAUACAACAAUUUAAUGAUGAAACUAAUUUUUAUACAUUAAAAAAUAAUAUUUUACAAACACGACAAGUUAAAUUACGUUAUGAAUUAGAUGAAGAAACAUUUGCUAAACAAGUUUUAGAAAUGGAGUUCGGAGUAUUGGAAAAUGAAAAAAUAACAAAUGAAGAUAUACAUUUAACAACAAUGAAUGAUAUACGACAAUCAAUUAAUAUUAAUCAAAUAGCAACAAUUGAACCAUCAAAUACUUUUCAUGAACAAUUAAAUUAUGAAUUACGUCGUAUGAAAUCCGAAUUUGAAAGAAAACUUCAAACAUAUAGAGAUGAAUUACAUCGAAAAUUUGAACUUGAAUAUCAUCGUUAUCGAAUGCAGAAAUCAUUCCCAACGCCAAAUGUAUUGAGAGAACAUGAAAUGAAUUCCGAACAAUUUAAACGUGAAAAAAACGAUAUUGAACAACAACUUCGUUUUGUACGUGAAAAUAUUUAUCAAUUACAAAGUCAGAUAGAAAUCAUAGAAAAAAAAAUUCUUGAUGAACGAGUUAAUACUGAAUCAAUAUCAAAAUCACAAAGACAUUUAUCAAUGCUUCAACAAAUUAUUCGUGAAAGAGAAAAUCAAUUAGAGGAAACUAUACAAAUACGAACAACAAUUAAGAACAGUAUUGAAAAUUAUCGAGAAGAACUUAAUCGAUAUCCAAAACGAAUUAUAAAUAAUUCUAAUGAAACUGAACAAUCAAUAAAACAAAAUAUACAAAAUACAAAUAAUCAACAAAAACAGUCAUCAUCAACUAUUAUUCAAGUAAUUCCUUCUCCAUUCCGAUCAAAAACUAAUCAAACUGAAGAAAUAUCAUUAGAAGAAGGAACAUUAGUACGUUUUAAUGAUUUUAAUGUGGAACAAGAUUGUAAAGAAUUAAAUACAAGCUUACAGAAACCAAAUAUAGAUGAAAUGAGUGUUAUAAGAAUACUUUGUAAUCGAACUAUUGCUCAACGUCUUCAAAUUCGUGAUACAUAUCCAAACCGUUUUGGUGAAAAUCUAAAUGAUGUUAUCGAAACUAAAGUAAGUGGAAAUUUAAAAACACUCUUACAAAGACUUUUAUUAUCAUCUAUUGAAUAUGAUUGUAUUGAAUUACGACGAAUAUUAUGUGGAACAAAAAUUGAUGAAACUACUCUUAUUGAAAUAUUUCUUAGUCGUUCAAAUAAAGAAAUUAAAACAAUAAUUCAUACUUAUGAAACAAUAUUUAAAAGUACACUUGCAAAAGAUAUAAUUGAUGAUGAAGAAACGCCUUCAAAACAAAUCAUUCUUGCAUUACUUCAAGCUAAUCGUCCAGAAGAUAAUGAUAUUGAUGAUGAUGAAGUAUUAGAAGAUGCUCAAUAUUUAUAUGAAACAAAUUCAAAAUGGCGUAGAGAUGGUUCAACAUUUAUUCGACUUUUAUGUAAUCGAAGUAAUACACAUUUAAAACAAAUCUUUGAUGCUUAUCCACAAUUUAGUAAAACUGAUAUUGAACAAUCGAUUCAAAUUGAUAAAGAUUCUGAUCUUAGUCAUACAUUGAUGGCUAUUGUUCGAAUUGUAAGAAAUCGGCCACGGUUUUUUGCAUUCGAAUUAAAAAAAAGUCUUAAAAGUUCUGGUUGUAAUGAAGAUAAUUUAACUCGUAUAAUCGUUUCAAGAUGUGAAAUUGAUAUGAUACAAAUAAAAUCUGAAUUUGAAAAAAUAUCUAAACGUACACUUUUUGAUCAAAUACAUACCGAUACAUCUGGAUAUUAUAAACGAGCUCUUUUAGAAUUAUUACGUCAACGUAGUGAACCAAUCAGUAAUAAUUCAAUAUUUAAACAGUUACUUGACUCAAAACUAGUACAAAAAAAAACUCGACCAACUGUACAAUGGAAACAACCAAUGAGUAAAAAACCGUUUGGAAGAAGUCUAAGUAAUCGAGAUAUUUAUAAUUCGAGUCAAUUUGAUCGAAAUAACGAAGCGAAAAUGAAUACACUUUUAACAUUUAACACUAAGCCACCAAACGUACAAUAUACUGAACUAUAUCCAGCUCGUAAACGUUUAUAUUCAAAUCAAAAUGAUGACGAAUAA